AUGCCUCGUCUUCUCCACCGUUCGCAGAUUGCAGUGCACGUCAAGCGUGUCAUUUGCGUGCAGCAUGUCAAGAAUCCGAAGCUGCGCCAUGUUGACCUCGCAAGGUGGUGCUUCACCCGUUUCGAAAUCCGCCCCGAUCGGUCAACCAUCUCUCGUGUUCUGAAAGGCGCUGACCGGUGGAAGGUGGCGACGGCGAACCACAACACCGUGCGCGUCCGCGCCGGCGCGCAACCCGAACUCGAGCAGGCCAUGUGUAGGUGGAUCCGCAACGCGGGUCCGGCAGGGGUUCCGCUGACCCUCGCUACCAUCCGAGACCACGUGGAGAUAAUCGCCCGCGACAUGGCAAUUCCCGACAUGUUUCGCUGCUCUGUCGGGUGGGUUCGCCGGGCCAUACGUCGCAAUGGCAUUCGGUGCCGUAGCGCGACUGGCGAGGCCGCGGACUCCGACCAUGCCGCCGUCCGGACAUGCCGGGACAAACUCCCGCAUAUGUUGAUGCACCUUGCUGUCCGCACGCGCGACGUGUACAAUUUCGACGAAUCUGCGCUGUACCUCUCUGUCCUACCGCGCAAGACGUACGGCGCGUCCCGCGUGGCUGGACGAAAAGUAGCUAAGGAACGACUCACCGUGGGGCUGCUCGUGAAUGCUGAGGGUACACACGCGUUCUGCCCACUUGUCAUCUCGAAGGCGAAGCGUCCGCGCGAUUUCCUCCCCGACUUCGAUCCGGAAGAACACGUGUACUGGCGUAACAACGCAAAAGGAUGGAUGACGGCCCCGCCGCUUGACCAGGGUCUGAUAGCUAUGACGAAGAUCCGCUACCGUCAGCACUGGCUCCACGUGUUUACGCAAUUGUGGCUGGAGGCGGGCGGCACGGCGCCUUCAGCUCGCUUCCGUCCGAACAUGCGGGAUGUUGUCGGAAGGGUUAAUGAUGCGUGGAUGAACAUCCCCACGCGCACCAUCCAGCAUUGCUGGUGGCGCACGGGGUGUCUCCUGCGCCCGUGGGCCAUGGAGCUAGCAUUCGUCGGCGCGGAAGGACUCAACAACAAGGGGCCCAACGGCAGUGUCAACACAUCGCUCGACAUCGGGCUGGCCGACGAUAUUCUCGAUGUCGGAAUAAUGAUCGGCCGUCUGGGCCUCGGUGCAAGCGCCAUGCCAGCCGACGAGUUCGUGGCGGUCGACAACGACCAGCCCACCUGUUCGGAGCCGGGACCGGAUCCGCUGGCUAUCGAGCCCGCCGACCCCUACUCGCGCGCGUAG